AUGGUGACAGUGAAUGGGAGAAUAAUUCCGCUGGCACACACUGUGUGUGCCUUCGCAGCCUUCUUUGCAGCGCUAGUCGCUGGAUACUCAUUACACUUCCAUAAGAUUGUCCAGAAUGCCCAUUAUGGUUAUCCAGACGAAUGGUUUCCCAGCGUUUCAGCUACGAUUGGUGACAGGUAUCCCGAACGGUCGAUUUUCCAAAUUCUGAUCGCUUUGACCUCUUUUCCUCGAUUCCUUCUACUGUUGGGCCAUUUCUCCCUAAACCGUUCGGUAAUAUGUUUCAUCAUUGGUGUCGUAAGGACUGUCAGUUGUGGUGGUUGGGUAUAUAUCACUAGCACUGAUGAUCAUGAUGUUCACGAUGUCUUUAUGAUCACUUACAUCGUGCUAACAUUGCCCUGGGAUAUCAUGAUUACUCGCCUCGCUACAAGAGGUAGACUGGCUAAGGGUAUUGUCGCAACCGUGUUUUUUGGUACUUUGGUACCUUUGGUUCAUUGGUAUAUAAAGCAUCAGGUUCAUCACAUUGCCGGUGCUUAUUCCAUUUAUGCUUACUUUGAAUGGUCACUCAUUAUCCUCGACAUCCUUUUUGACUCGCUGGCAUACAAUGAAUUUGAUAGGAUACGCAUUAAUGUCACUUCAGAAACGUCUGAGGAUGGCGGCUGGUUGUUCAGAAUCUGCAAUCAAAUACAGGACCUUGACCUAACCGUCGAAGACGAAAAAACAGUGAUCAAAGUGGAAGAUGAUGCGACUGGUAUUAGCUUUAAGGAAACGGAGACUACCAAUACAGAGAUUAUACGCUCCGCAGAUGACGAAUUAGAAAUUUUCUUUGAGAAAACUGAAGAUGUCACGAUCAUCUCUAAUAACAGUCCUGCACCUUCCUGCGAUUCAUACCUUUACAUCGUGACCAAUACUUUCAAUUCUUUCAUGUUCUGGACUUCUUUGACCUCCUUGACAUGUAGCAUUUGGUAUUUUCCCUUGUGGUAUAUGAGUAUCUCCGGCUAUGAGGCUACAUUACUGUAUUUCCUUGCACCUGUGCUUCUAUACAUCCCAUUCAUGCCUACUAUCUUUCAACAAUACGGUUCCUUAUUAGGCGGCUUGAUCGUCGUGGGUGCCCAUUUAGUUGGAUCUCCGGAAGCUAGGUUACUGGUUGUUGGCGCCGGUACUGCUGUCACGGUAACAACGUUCGUGCUAAAUUUGAAAUGCAUUGCUUCCAAAGAAGUCACUUCCUGCUUCUCGACUACGUGGCUCUACGGUCUGGUGUUCACGGUCGUGAUCAAGAUGGGAUGCUACAGUAAUAAUCCUCUCUGGCCUAUAAUGAAUUCCAGUAAUGGUGGAUACAAUCUAUUAGGUCUGGCUUUGGUCACCAUUUCAGGUAUACUAGCACCAUAUACCACUAGUAUUCACUUUGGGAGAGACCAGGAAGAACCUGAGGUGCAAGAGACUUCGCCCCGCUGUGUGUCAAAAAUCUUGGUAGGACUAGGUUUUGGAUCUCUAAUUUUCGGCAUGCAUCAACUCAUGACAGAUUCAUCCACCGUAAUCUAUUGGUCUUGGGAGGGCUACAGCAAAGACUCUCAAGGACCUCUCGCUUGGCCUUGGUCUGGGUUGACUUGUACAGUUAUGCUCUUUGCCGCUGCAACUUCCUACAAGUUUUCUGCAAGGCCACUCGUUCCUGCUGCUGUACUUGCUCUUUCAACGGCAGUUCUAUGCGAUAGACGGAUCACAGGUUGGAAUAAUUAUAUUUUUGGAGGUUUGUUCUAUUUACUUGCUAUGAUUUGGAUUGUACCAACCUACUUCAAUGCUUUGGCCGCUAGUGCAAGUACCUUCAGUUUCCUGGUCGGAUUUUUUCUCUAUAUCAUUUUGAUCUUGGCUCAUGUUUGGGUUGUGGCUUACGCAUUUGUUCCAUUGGGCUGGAUUUUAAGAGAGAGGAUCGAAGUAGUCCUCACAUUCUCCACUGUAUGUAUCGUUGUCGGUUCCAUUGCUGCAAAAUUCAGUUUGUCCACAGCUAAAAGCGGUGUCACUUUGAGCAACGAUUUUAAGAGACGUACGGGGCUACUGGCUUUGAUAGGCUUGAGUCUAGUUGCAUCAUUCACCUAUAGUCAAAGGCCUGUGGGUGUCCCACAGCCUUAUCACCCCGAUUCAAAAUUGAUCACGGCGGGUAUUUGGACUAUCCAUUUUGGGUUAGACAACGACAUGUGGGCUUCUGAAGAAUCUAUGAUGUAUUUAAUGAAGGAAAUGGAACUGGACGUUGUUGGUUUGCUAGAGACUGAUACCCAGCAUAUUGUAAUGGGAAAUAGAGACUUGACAAGCAAACUAGGGCAUGACAUGAAUAUGUACGUUGAUUACGGACCAGGUCCAAACAAGCACACCUGGGGUUGUAUCUUACUAUCCAAGUUCCCAAUUAUCAAUUCCACUCACCAUUUGAUGCCCUCCCCUCAUGGUGAAUUAGCGCCCGCCAUCCAUGCGACGAUAAAGACCUACGACGACAUACUGGUCGAUAUUUUCGUUUUCCAUGGCGGACAGGAGGAAGACGAGGAGGAUAGGAGAUUACAAAGUGAGGCUUUAUCAAAGUUAAUGGGCAGUACGAAUCGUCCUGCGAUUUUGUUGAGUUACUUGGUCACAAACCCUCAUGAAGGAAACUAUAACAACUACGUGAGUGAUGAAUCAGGCAUGCACGACAUUGAUCCAGAGGAUGAUGACAGAUGGUGCCAAUACAUUCUGUAUAAAAAUUUGAAGAGAACUGGCUACGCAAGAGUUUCGAGAGGUACUAUCACCGAUACAGAACUGCAGGUCGGUAAAUUCCAAGUUAUAAAUGACGAGCAAAUUGCCCAAUAUGGUGAUUCUAUUUAUGAACAUGAAAAGGUGGAUGGUUUAGAUAAUGAUGAGCUUCAUUUCCCCGACACGUUUUACGAUGAAGGCGAGAGGGGCCACCAUUAUCAUGUGUUUGACAGGCCUCUUUAUUACACAUUCGACGGAUAA